GGGCGCUGGCUCUCGGCCUGAGGAAAGAUGGCGGCGCUGGUGACAGUUACCGGCAGCUUGCUCGUGCUGGCCAUCGGCGGGGCCGGGGUGGCCGCCGAGCUGCCCAACCGACGGUUCGAGUACAAGUACAGCUUCAAGGGGCCGCAUCUGGUGCACGGCGACGGCAGUAUCCCCUUUUGGAUUCACACGGGCAAUGCAAUACCAAGUGCUGAUCAAAUCCGUAUAACACCAUCACUGAAAAGUCAGAAAGGAUCUGUUUGGACAAAAAGCAAAUUUAGUUUUGAAAACUGGGAAAUUGAAGUUACUUUCCGUGUGACAGGGAGAGGACGGGUUGGAGCUGAUGGUUUGGCAAUCUGGUACACAGUAGAUCAAGGAUUAGAUGGCCCAGUUUUUGGAGCAGCUGAUUUAUGGAAUGGUGUUGGUAUUUUUUUUGAUUCCUUUGACAAUGAUGGAAAGAAGAAUAACCCAGUAGUGCUUGUUGUUGGAAACAAUGGGCAAUAUCUCUAUGAUCAUCAAAAUGAUGGUGCAACGCAAGCAUUAGGCUCGUGUCUGAGAGACUUCAGGAACAAGCCUUACGCUGUAAGAGCUAGAAUUAUCUACUACAAAAAAAUACUGACGGUUAUGCUACAUAAUGGCUUUACUCCGAAUAACGAUGAUUAUGAACUUUGUGCCAGAGUAGAAAAUAUGAUGCUUCCACCCGAAGGUUAUUUUGGAAUCUCUGCAGCGACUGGUGGUCUUGCAGAUGAUCAUGACGUCUUGUCCUUUCUGACAUUCAGACUUUUGGAACCUGGCAAGCCAGUGGAGCCUGCUGAUUUGACAAUUCCCCAAGAAGAAAAAGAGAAAUAUCGAGAGGAGUAUGAAAAUUUCCAACAGGAACUUGAUAAAAAGAAAGAAGAGUUUCAAAAAGAUCAUCCUGAUAUGCAAGGAGAAGCAGCAGAUAUAUUUGAAACUGUGAAUGAACGAGAAUUGAGACAAAUCUUUGAAGGUCAGAAUCGCAUCCACCUUGAAAUCAAACAGUUGAACAAACAACUCAACAUGAUUCUGGAUGAACAAAGGAGGUAUGUCUCCUUAGUGACAGAGGAAAUGGCAAAGAGGGGGACAAAUACAGCACCACAAGCAGGACAGCUCCCUCCAGGCGAACUUGACAAUAUUAUGAGAUACCAGCAAGAGGUGCUUAGACAUGUUGGUGAAUUGAAGAAUUCUGUAACUAAUGCCCUGAACCAAGCAGCUCAGCUUCCAGGUGGUGCAACAGGAAGCUAUGAAACAAUUCAACAUUUCCAUGAAAUAAAAGAAAACCUUCAUACUGUUAAAAGAGACCUUGCUGCAUUAGUACAGAGAAAUCUAAACGUCGAAAAGCCUAAAUGCCCAGAAUUGCCCCCAUUCCCAUCAUGUUUGUCCACAACUCAUUUCUUCAUGUUUGUGGCAGUUCAAACCGUGUUGUUUAUUGGUUAUAUCAUGUAUCGGAGCCAGCAAGAAGCAGCCGCAAAGAAGUUCUUUUGAUGUAAUUGUUCUUAGUUUUUACUUUGUUAGUGUCCUGGUAUGAAACAAAGAAAAACUGUAAAUGAUGGAAUUUUUUUAAAAAAAUAUUUUUCAACAAA